AUGGGGCGGACCACACUGGAUGAGAGUGUGUCUCCUCUCCUGGUGUGUGGCCGGGCUUUUGUUUCCUGGGCAGUGCUGACAGUGCUGGGCACAUGUGUUCUGGAUUCCACACCAGAUCUGCGUCCCACCCUGCUGGUGGCUGCUGCGUUGCACGGUGGCUUUUCAGAGCCCUCGGGCCCUUUCUGUUCCCUGUCCCUCUUUGCGAAUGACAUCUGCUGGGAGAUUGUCCCUGGGUUCUCUGAUUAUUCUGAAGGCCUUCUCAAAACCAAGGAAAAGAAUCAGAAGCUUUACAGUCGAGCACAACGGCACCAAGAGAAGAAGGAGAAGAUUCAGAGGCAUAAUCGCAAGCUGGGUGACCUGGUAGAAAAGAAAACCACCGACUUGAGAAGUCAUUAUGAGCGUCUGGCAAGUCUUCGGCGGGCCCAUAUAUUAGAGCUCACCUCUGUCAUUUUUCCCAUCGAGGAAGUGAAGACUGGUGUGAGAGACCCUGCGGACGUGUCCUCAGAGAGUGACAGUGCCAUGACCUCCAGCACUGUGAGCAAGCUUGCUGAAGCCCGCAGGACAACGUACCUCUCUGGACGAUGGGUCUGCGAUGACCACAACGGAGACACCAGCAUCAGCAUCACAGGGCCUUGGAUCAGCCUCCCCAACAACGGGGACUACUCUGCCUACUACAACUGGGUAGAAGAGAAGAAAACGACACAGGGGCCUGACAUGGAGCAUAACAACCCUGCCUACACGAUUAGCGCUGCACUGUGCUAUGCCACCCAGCUGGCCAGCAUUCUGUCUCACAUCCUGGAUGUAAAUCUUCCCAAAAAGCUGUGCAACAGUGAAUUUUGUGGGGAAAAUCUAAGCAAGCAGAAAUUUACUCGAGCAGUGAAGAAAUUGAAUGCAAAUAUUCUUUACCUUUGUUUUUCUCAGCAUGUAAAUUUAGAUCAGUUACAACCACUGCAUACCCUCAGGAAUCUAAUGUACCUGGUCAGUCCAAACUCCGAACACCUGGGCAGGUCGGGCCCCUUCGAAGUGCGAGCUGACCUUGAGGAGUCCAUGGAGUUCGUGGACCCCGGAGUCGCUGGUGAGUCGGAUGAGAGUGGGGACGAGCGCGUCAGUGAUGAGGAGACCGACCUGGGCACAGACUGGGAGAACCUGCCGAGCCCUCGCUUCUGCGACAUCCCCUCACAGCCUGUGGAUGGCUCCCAGAGUCAGAGCGCCCAGGCAUCCCCGCCCAUCGCCAGUAGCAGCGCCGGUGGCAUGAUCUCAUCCGCAGCCGCCUCGGUGACCUCCUGGUUCAAGGCUUACACUGGACACCGCUAA